AUGGAUUCAUUGAGCAGGAACGUAAGGAGUAAAUCAAACAGCAACAGGAGCAUAAGCGAGUUACCAGAUGAGAUUCUGCAACUCAUUCUCUCUUUCCUCCCAACCGAUGAUGCUGUGAAAACAAGCGUUCUAUCUAGGAGAUGGGAAUAUCUCUGGACCUCCAUUCCCAAUUUCGACUUUCGAGAAGGUUAUUGUGAGGGCUAUCACUUUAUGGAGUAUGCGCAUCGAGUGAUUUCUCUUAGUAGCUCUGCCAUAAAACAAUUUUCUCUUGAAUUUUAUGGGGCUGUUGAUGAACUUUGCUUUAAAGGGUUGAUAGCUGCUGUAGUAAGGCGUAAUGUUGAAGAGCUGGAGAUUGUUGCUUUAGAAGCCGAAGAACAUCUUCAAUUGCCUCAGAGCCUUUGUUUCUGCAUCUCUUACUAG